AUGGACUCAGAAACCCCAGAAGCCUUCCAGAAGGAGCUCACCUGCCUCAUCUGCCUGAAUUUCCUUCUAGACCAAUUCACCACAGGCUGUGGGCACAGCUUCUGUGGGUCCUGUCUUUGUCUUUUCUGGGAACAAGUUGAAGUCCCUGCCAGUUGUCGGUGCAGACAAUGAUCAAGACAGACAAACCUCAAAACCAAUUUUCUUCUGAAGACUCUGGUGUCCACUGUCAGAAAAGCCAAUCUCAGGCAAUUCCUGAAGUGUGAGGAAUGCCUGUGUGGGACCCACAAGCAGACAAAGACCAUCUUCUGUGAAGCCAACAAGAGCUUGCUCUGUUUGGUCUGCUCUCAAGGUCAGGAGCACAAGACUCACAGACAUUGUCCCACAGAAGAGGCUGCUGAGGAAUCAAAGAAACAAAAGGAACUGAGUGGAAAGAAGAUAGAUCUCAAAGUAAUAUACAAAGAAUUCAAGAAAAUGUCCUAUAAACCAAAUGUGGAGCUGCUCCAGAUGAUACCAGGGGUCUAUUUUGUCAUCUCUUGCAUUAUAAGGAGUGAGUCAGCACAGCUGCACGUGCCUCAGCCUCUGCUCCCAGAACUCCCUGCACGCCCCAUGGCCAGGCUGAUGGACUGGCUCAGCCGCUUCUGGGUAACUUUUUCACUCAAUAAUGAAGUAAGCAGUCAGCACAUCAGGCUGUUCGAUGAUCUAAGAAAUCUGAAGUAUGAACAUGACAGCCCCCAUGCGUCUUUGGAUGGUGGAACAUGGAAGUAUCUUGCUGCAUGGGGAGCCCAGAGCUUCGUGUCCGGCAAACAGUACUGGGAGAUGCUCAUGGACAGCUCUUGGGAUUGGGCUGUAGGCGUCUGUAAGGAUUCCUGGGUAAGGAAGGACGACAGCAUACUGGACGAGUCCAACAGGGACAACUUUCUCCUUGUGUGUGGGAAGCAGGAUGACCAUUACCAACUCUGGACCACCGCCCCCACCACGCCUCUGUACCUAGAGAGACCUCUGGGCAGGGUUGGGGUGUUCCUUGAUUGUGACCGUGGGAGUAUAAGUUUUGUGGAUGUUGCCAAGCACUCCCUCCUUUAGUACGAUGAUGGCGUGUGCACUUUCCCUGUCAGGCCCUUCAUCUGCACUGGCCACAGGUGA